AUGUCGGCUCAUCUCUCCAAGACAGACUCCGAGGUGAGCAUCCUGAGUCAAUCUUCACCAGCGAGGUCCCCUCGUCGACAAAUGUACUACGUUCAGAUUCCAUCGAGUGACUCCCACGAUGGUGAAAAGACCACCAACUCGUUCAACUCGACGGCUCACCACCUCACUCCCACUCCAACGCUUCAGCAUUCAUUUAACGAAUUCAGGGUUCAAGCCGGUGCGGAUUUCUCGGGAGUUAGCACAGAAAUGGUGUCGAUCAACUGCACAAUAAAGCUCACAUAUCGAAACACAGCUACGUUCUUUGGGGUCCAUGUAACAUCAGCACCCUUAGAUCUCUCUUACUCUCAGCUCACCGUCGCCACCGGAUCGGUAAACCAUCUUUUUCAUAAACUUGGGAUACGAUCGUUUUAUCAAUCGAGAAAGAGCCAAAAAUCAUUGAUUGUGACGAUGAAAGGGAGUCAUAUUCCCUUGUAUGGAGGAGGGGCUAACUUGGCUAGUCUCAAUGGUGAACCGACUCAGCCAUUGCCAUUGACACUCGACUUCAUGGUUCGUUCAAGGGCUUAUGUUUUGGGAAGGUUGAUGAAGCCCAAGUUCUAUAAGAGGAUUCAGUGUUGGGUCACCAUGGACCCCAAAAAGAUGAACAAGGCUAUUUCACUACAAAACAAAUGCAUUUACAGCUAAUGUGAUUCAAUAAUACA